AUGUAUCCAAGAUAUUUAAAAUUCCACACUUCAACCGUUGAUGAAUUAGUUCAAACUGUGAUAGCAUCUGGAAAAGAAAAAAGUUUUAUAUCAUUUAGAUUGAUUUUAGUGCAAAUUUUCGCUGCUGCAAUCGAUUUAACGUCCGUUUCAGUUUCUCAUAACUGUAGCUAUCAGCAAAAAGGACAACAUCAUCCGCUUAUUAAAAGUUCAUGGUAA